AUGGACGAAGCUGUGAAGGUGGGAGACAUUGUCGAUCUUGGCGUAGAGUUUCAAGGAGAAGUACUGCCAGAUCUGCAAGGCUUAUACAUUACCACUCAUACGGAUGCGAAUGGAAGAAAAACGAGAUCUGCAGUUACACAGUUUGAACCGUCCUUCGCUCGAAAGAUGUUCCCCUGUUUUGACGAACCGAACUUUAAGGCCACCUUUGAGGUAGAGCAUUUCUUGGGUCUAGUAGUGCCAGUAGGACACAAAUUCAGGUAUCAGUGA